AUGCUUCGAAUAAAACGAGAUACGAAGAUAACGUUUCAAUACUCACAAGAACAGUACGUACCACUUAAAUUAGUAAGCAUUAAUGCUACUAUUCGGUCGUUUGCUGCUGAUGUUAAAAUUAGCCAAAUUUUCCGGAAUGAUGAAACGACACCAAUUGAAGCUGUAUAUUGUUUUCCGAUUGAAGAACAAGCAGCCGUAUAUUCUUUUAUUGCACGUAUGGAUGAUCGAGAAAUUAUUGCUGAAUUGAAAGAAAAACAAAAAGCUCAAAAAGAAUAUGUCGAAGCUCUUCAACAAGCUCAUGGAGCCUAUCUAUUUGAACAAGAUGAAAAAUCGCAAGACAAUUUCAUAAUAAAUGUCGGUGCACUUCUACCUGGCAAAGAAUGUCAAAUUACAAUUUCGUAUAUUACCGAAUUAGAUCUUGUUGAAACUGGUACAAAAAUUCGUUUUAUUGUUCCAACAACUAUAGCACCUCGCUAUAAUCCUGAAAAGGGUGGUAUUAGUUCGCCAGCUGAUACAACAUCCACAUAUGUACAAUUAAGUCCUUAUGCAAUCGAUUUUUGCUGUCAAGUUGAAAAGGUAAACAUUUCUCGCAUCAAUUCAACAUCUCAUCCAAUUCAAGUAGAAUUCGAUCAACAAGAUAUCUAUGUAAUUAAAUUUGCCCAAGAAAAUAUUUAUUUGGAUCGAGAUAUUCUCUUAGAUAUUGAAUUGGCUGAUAAACGAUCAAAUACAAUUGUAGCUGUUGAACCUGGCGCAGUGAUGGCUGCAUUUACACCUACUGAACAAGAUUGUCAAGCCGUUAUGAAUAAUGAUGAAAUUAUAAAUGAAUUUUUUUUUAUUAUUGAUUGUAGUGGAUCAAUGAAAGAUGAAAACAAGAUUGAAUUAGCUCGUCAAGCUAUGCUACUUUUUCUUAAGAGUCUUCCUGUUAAUUGCCAUUUCAAUAUUAUUCGUUUUGGCUCCGAAUAUGAAUCUUUUUUUCACAAUAUUACUGCUGUUUAUAACGAAGAAAAUGCUCGACAAGCAGAUCAAUUAAUUAACAGAAUGCAGGCAGACUUGGGUGGCACAGAACUAUUGUAUCCGUUGCAAUGGCUUCAAGAAAAUCCACCGAAUCAAGGUCGCGCUCGUCAAAUAUUUCUUCUUACUGAUGGUGAAAUUUCGAAUGUCGAUGAAGUACUCGAUCUAUGUCGUGCAAUGGUCACUUCGGCUCGUAUCUUUUCAUUUGGUUUAGGUUAUUCUCCUAGUCGUUCUCUUGUUAAAGGCUUGGCUCGAGCAACAAAUGGUCGUUUUGUUUUCAUUCCGCCUAACACAAGUGUUGAUGUUUAUGUCGGCGAACAAUUACAGAAGGCGUUACAAUCAUCUAUUACAAACAUUCAGGUCAAGUGGAAUUUAGGUGCAGCAGUUACGACACGUAUUCCUACAAAGAUACCACCUGUAUAUGUCAACGAUCGUCUUAUAGUCUAUGCUCUUUCAGAAGAUAAGUCGACAUUAUUCGAUCACAACUCUUCUGUCGAAUUAAAAACUGAACAACAUCGAUUAAGUGAAGCCAAAGUUACUCGAUUACCAACUGUAAGUGACAAUAAAAUGAUUGCUAGAUUAGCUGCUAAGGCGCUCAUUUUCGAAUUGCAACAUUCAAAAUUGCCAUCAUCAUCGUCUAAGAAGAAUGUUACUGGCUCAAUGCAACGACGCUUUCAAACACAUGAACAAAUCACAGAAUCAAACAAAGAAGAUGAAUUAAACAAGGAAAUGAUAAAGAACCAAAUCAUCGAACUGUCAUUAAAAUAUAAUAUUCUUAGUCCACAUACAGCUUUUGUAGGCAUCGAAAAACGAAUCAAUGCAAGUAAUGAUAAAAUGAUUUUGCGUGAAGUACCUAUUCAAAUAUCGGCUGACGAUCAACAUCUGCAAAUUCAACAUCAAUUUUAUUCUUCACCAAUCAUGCGGACGAGGAACAGAAGUUCACCUACUUCUGAUCACAUUGUAGACUGUUCUGCUACAACUGCACUCAACAGCAUUAACGACGACCUCGUUUGUUAUUAUGAAUCGAUUGAUCCUCCUAUAAUUUCUUCGAUUUCAACGAACGAGUGUGCUUGUGAUGCGGAUUUAGUUUCAUUAGAACAGGAAGAUUUCAUCAAUACAGCAACAGACAAUGUAUGGCCUACAAACGAUCAAGAUAUUGUUCGUCAUUUGAUUAACAAACAAAAAUUCGAUGGAUCUUGGGAUUUGGAUUCGAAAAGUAUUGAACACUUGACUGGAAAGCCACUAACUGAUUUCCAUAAAACAACAAAUGAUCAAAUAUUCAUCACAGCAAUUGUCAUCCUUGCACUUGAAACAUGUUUCCCUUCGUUUUCAUCAAUGUGGUAUGGUAUUGUGCAAAAAGCACGUAAAUAUCUUAUUGAUGGCCUGGGUAAAGAUAUGAAGAAACUCGAUGCUUUAUUGGAAGACAUUGGUAAACAACUCUAA